AUGUCUACCCAGAAAGCCGUUGUUCACGCCGAGAAGGGCGUCUCUGAGCUUCGCAGCGAUGUGCCCGUCCCCAAGGUUCAAGACAACUUUGUCGUCGUCAAGACCAAGGCCGUAGCUCUCAACCCCACCGACUGGAAGAGCCUCGACGGCAACCCGUCCAAGGGAGCCAUUGUCGGAUGUGACUAUGCUGGCGUCGUCGAGGAGGUUGGCAAUGGCGUGGAGGACCUCAAGGUGGGCGACAGAGUAGCCGGCUUUGCCCGUGGAGGCGACCCGGCCGACCACACCAACGGCGCCUUUGCCGAGCACAUCAAAGCCAAAGCCGGCAUCCACGCCAGGAUCUCUGAAAACAUCGCCUGGGAAGACGCUGCAACCCUCGGCGUGGGCAUCUCCACCGUCGGGCAAGGUCUGUACCAAACGCUCGGCCUGCCGCUCCCUCCCGCCACGGUCUCGGAGCCCACGCCUGUGCUCAUCUACGGCGCUUCCACUGCCACGGGCACGCUCGCUGUCCAGUUUGCAAAGCUCUCGGGCGCGGAGGUAUACGCAACAGCAUCGCCGCACAACUUCGGCCUCGUCAAGAAGCUGGGCGCUGACCACGUUUUCGACUACAACGAUGCCGACUGCGGUGAGAAGAUCCGCAAAGCCAGCGACGACAAGCUGAAGCUCGCAUUCGACUGCAUCGCCGAGCACGGUUCAGAGAAGAUUUGUGCGGCGGCAAUUGGAUCGCAAGGCGGCCAUUACUCUGGACUCCUCCCCGGGCCGUUGAAGGACUUCCCGCGCAGCGACGUCAGGCACGGCUGGACGUUUGCGUACACGGCGCUUGGCGAGGCGUUCAACGAGCAGGUUCCUGCCAACCCCCAGGACUACGAGUUUGGCGUCAAGUUCUGGAAGGCGGCCGAGGCGCUGUUCAACAGCGGCAAAGUCAAGGCACACCCCACGCUCGUACGGGAUGGGUUGGAGGGCGUGCCGCAGGGCUUGAACGACCUGAAGGACGGCAAGGUGUCUGGCAAGAAGCUGGUGUACAGGGUUUAG